AUGGACUUCACAACCAUCUUGAACAGGAAGAAUUCUGCUGCUGCCGCCGCCGCAGCCGCCGCCGCAGAGGCGCAUUUUCGUCAACAAUAUCUGCAACAAGGAGGGCCCCUAAAUUCCGAGAACACUCCAAUCAUGAAGACCGAACCGGGCGCCUCGGACAACCCGGUCAACGCAUAUCCUACCCACCCUCCGCACAUGUCUAUGGACUCCGGGCUCACCGACUCUUUCUACUAUGCCCAGCCUCCGGGUUCCACGCCACGGAACCUCUCCUAUGUCCCGGGGGGAUAUGCCGGCGAGGCGUCCAUGCAGCCGGGGCCUGUCCCCGUAGGAAGAACCAGCGCCGAUCCGCCACCGAAGACUUUUCAUUGCUCGACUUGCAACAAAGGGUUUGCUCGACGAAGCGAUCUUGCACGGCAUGAGCGUAUUCACACCGGGGUUCGGCCUCACGCCUGCGACUGGCCGGGCUGUGGAAAGCAGUUUAUCCAGCGUUCCGCAUUGACUGUACACUCCCGGGUCCACACCGGCGAGAAACCUCACAUGUGCGAGAGGUGUGGCAAGCCUUUUAGUGACUCAUCAUCGCUUGCGAGACAUCGUCGCAUCCACUCCGGCAAGCGACCCUACAAGUGUCCGUAUGCCAACUGCCAGAAGACUUUCACGCGCCGGACGACAUUGACCCGGCAUCAAAACCACCACACUGGGACCAUCGAGGAAGCGGCCGCGGAGACCGAGGCCAACCUGCGCCAAAACAAGGACCGUGGGCGAGAUGGCUUGUUCCCGGACCAGGCCUCGAUUGGCUCGACUCCUUCUCCUGCGCAUGCGAUGUCUCCCGGUGGUGACCUGCCGCCUCUGAACAUGCACCGUUCUGGCGACUACUACAUGGGCAACGGCCCGCUUCCACCGCAUCUCCGGGGCGAUUUCUCGCAGGGUAGCCCUCGAGCUUCCCCAACCGCCACGUCUCCGUCCCUCUCCAGUUUUGGAAGUCAACCCCACGCUCGGCCAUCGAUGACUUCUCACCCUUACGCUCCGCCGCAGCCCCUUGAACCGCCGGCUAACAAUGACCACCGGCCCAACAGCGUGACCGGCAGUCCACAUAUGACCAGCCUCGGAUGGGCCUCGCCGUCUCAUGGAAGCAUGCCGUCUCCCGGGUCCGCCAAUGACUUCAACUACCCCGAGCCUACCGGACCGGCGUAUCCAACGUCCAUGCCCCCACACAUGUACUUCCCCAACUCGACCAUCCGCCGGCCCACCAGCACCGAGCCGGAGAACUAUGAGACGAAGCCCAGAAUGGGCGACAGCUGGUCGACGGCCGUAUGA